UGUGUAACAAGUUAUCAGAUUAUUUCCUGAGUGACUUGGGGAUCAAUCCCAAACUACAUUAGUAUGCUGCAGUUCCUGUACUAAAACAACCCCACCCUGAAAGAAAGCAAGUCUUUCAUUUAUGGUGCCUGUGGUCCAGGAGGAUUCGGAUGGGGUGUAUGUGCUGUGUUUGUGUUAGUGGGAAGGCAGCUCAUAGCAGCGAGUGCACACAUCAGGAAUUAGAGGAAAACUUUCUGCUUGCAGGGAGAGGACUUUGGAAGUAAACCCAACUUUUCAGCUAACCUCUGCACAGAAAAUCAACUUUGCCAAGUUCAGCUAUUUUUACUACUACUGCAACGUGGAUGCAGAUGGGGGAAAAAUGUUCUGAUUGAAAGCUGUACAGUUUUGCGUGAAGGAUUGUUUACUUAUUGCACCGAUGUGGAUCAAGGGAUCUUGGGCUCAUGUGGACCACUGGAUAAGUUUCUUCUUUAUUUUAUUUUCAAAUGCUUUCGCUGUUCACUGCUGCAACUGAGAGCUGAGCAUCUGAUUUUUUACAGUGAAUUUAAACUGUAAUGCACCGAGUGUACUCAGAGCCGUAUGAUGAUCAUGAGUUCCCUGACUUGGACACAACAUCAAGUUUACUAGAAGAUGAUCUGAUCAAAGUGGAUAAGAGGAGGACAUGGGUUGGAGACGCAGAUAUUGUCCUAGACCCAUUUUUGUAGCUGUGAUUGUAGCCGUGUGUCUGUUCUACCAGUGCCUUGCUCUGAUCUGGAAAAGUAUAACUUGGAGCAGUAUGGAAUAUGCAGUUGGCAGCGACAAGGAUAUUGGGGACGUGGCUGCUGAGACGGGGGACUGUCUGAAUCGAUGGGAUAGCAUAGUCAGAAAGAUAAAGGAUUAUGAAGAAAAUAGGAAGGAGAAACUGGUUUCCAGUGCUCAAAGAAGAGUCUUAAUAUAUACAUAUCCUACAUUCAGUAAUGAGGAAUCCACUCUAUACAAAAGGAUCCUGGCUCGCCUUGGGUACACAGUCUUACAGUUUGGAGACAUUAGAAGCAUAAAAUCAUUCGUUAAGUAUGGACAACAGCCUCAGAGCCAAGAUAUUCUGGUUUACAUUCCUUCAAAUAUAAGUACAGAUGCAAAUUGCAAUGAAAAACAAGAACUUGCUAAAAUACAACUAAGAAAGGUAAACAUUAUUCCAGGAAUACUGCAGCUGCUAUGUGCAAAAAAGAUAUGUGAAGUGGUUUCAACUUUUCCAGAACUGGAAAUACGUUCACUGUGUUCAAUGCAAUCUGGAGAAUCACAGGCCUGGAAGAAAUUUUCUAAUUAUUUUCUGCCAAACCUUGGUAAAAAGAAUCAGGAUUUAAAAGCAUGGGACGUAAAUCCCUUACUGCAAGCAAUUUUAAAUGUAUCAUCUCACCAUCACAAACCAUCACCAGCCUCUCCGCUUGUCAGGGUAUUUGUACUAAUCACAUCAUAUUCACCACUGCGUGCAUUUAUUCAUUCCACUGCAAUGGUCCAGGACCAACCCAACAAGCCAUUUACAACAAUGAAGCUCCAGCACUUCUAUGGACACUUCUUCAAGACAACAUCUCCAGAAGAAGCUUUUAACGUCUUGAAGGUGAUGAUAAGCAAGCUGUUGCUUACCCUGGAGGUAAUGAGCGAGGCAGCUGCUACAGGACCAAAUUUGCUGAACAGGUGCAUUGAAUGUUUUCAGCUAUUAACAUUUGACAUUGGAUACAGCCGUGCCUUGCCUCCCUCUGUGCUUGAGGUAAAAGAAUUGCCUGAUUUCCAUGAUCUAAACGUGGAGAAGCUUGAUGAAGUGGAAAUCAUUCUUCAACAUGUGUUUAAAUUUAUAAUACAAAACAGUGAUUCCAGUUUUUUAGACAUAAUGGAACAUAUUGAAAAGUAUACAGCUAUAAAGGAGAACAUUUGCCGGAUGGAUCAGAUUCUAGAUUUAACAUGGGAGGAUAUAGAUGAAUUGUAUAUUUUUAUGAAGGAGCUGACAAAGAUGGAAGCUUUUGAAUUGAUUUACCCUUCUAUUGAUGUUUCAUUAAAAAAAAUCAGGAGCCAUCUGUACCUCAAAGCUCAACAUAUAAAACAACGUGAAUCCUUGCUGAGAAAACAUGACCUUAUUACUGCCUUGUUGGAAUAUCCUAAAAUCUUGAAUAAUUCCAUUGUGACUCAGAGAGAAACACUUGGACACAAAGGAAAUCACGAAUUAUCUGCUACUUCUGUAGUAACUAAAGCUUCCUCAGACAACAGUAAAGUGAGGAACUGUAGUAAUGAUAAUGAUACACUAUCUUACAUCAGUCGUAUCUUCAGCAAUCCUUCUCUGGACCUGACUCCUGAAUUCAACCCAAAGAUCAAAGACUACUAUGUAGAACUGCCAUUUGAUGUAGUGACAGUGGAAAUUGGAGCAGAGCCUGCACAUUGCAAAAGCCAAGUGCACCUGGAUGACAGGGAUGGACCAAGGGCUGCUAAUUAUCCUCUUGGCCUGGGUUUUAAUCAUAUUACUUUACAUAUUACGGAUGAAUCCAAACCAGUACCAGUAUUGUUGAGAAGCUACAGCAUAACUGUGCAUAGAGAAGAUCGUCCAAGCAUGCCUCUGUUUGACCAUCACAGAUUGUGUGGCUUUGUACAGGAUUGUGGUUUAAUCAUACACGAAAAUGAGCCUUGUGGAUUACAGUAUAUUUCCAGAAAGGUAUUGUCUGGACUUUCACAAGCAUGGCAAAGGAAGUGUGACACUGGAGAUGCCAAAGGUCAAUGGAUUGUCCCAUGCCUGAACUGCUCAGAUAAUAGGACAUGUGACUGGAGGGCAAUAACUUGGCAGCCUUAUCAGUGUUAUCAUCCAGUGUUACAAAGAACUGAGCUACAGCAGUGUGUAAAGGACAGAAAGAUCCUUUUCAUUGGAGACUCCACCAAUAGAGGGAUGAUGUAUUAUCUGAUGGAAAGAGUUAAUGGAUCACUACAGGAGUGGCAGAAAACACACAGCAUCAAGCUUUUUGAUAACAUAAAUUAUGGCAAAACAAAUAUUAGUUAUUCCUAUUAUCCACAAUUUUGGAUUGAUGUCAAACAGCGUCCAACAUUUGAAGAAGCAUUAGAACAGCUCAUUGAAAGGUCCCGUCCCCUUAAGAACACUAACAAGACUGUACUGGUUGUAGGAGGAGUACAAUGGCUAAAUUCAGAUCAUUUGAAAAUUAUACACAGUGUAUUGGAAAGGAAAAAUCUGCCUGCUAUUUUGGUAAUCAUAAAAUCUAUAGGAAUGGGCUUCCAUCUGCAAGUGCGUGGAAUUCGCUCACUCUCACCUAUGCAAGUAAGACAGCUAUCUCAUGAAAACAAACUAAUCCUAAAGACUGCUGCACUUUAUGGAUAUGAAGUAGUGGAUACAUUUAGUGUCACUAUGGGUCGAUAUAAGGAAUUCUUACGUGGAAAAUGUGGAUGCCACUAUCAUGAGGUUGUGAAAACCAAGAAAGAAAACAAAAUGAAGUUAUUAAAAAGCUAUACACUUGGCGGCAAAAACUUUCCUCAAGUCCCAGACAUUCCGUCAAAUCUGAAAUCCCUAUAUCAUGUUCAGGGUCCAGUGAAUCAGGUCUAUUCUGAAAUCCUUCUCAGCAGAAUAUGUGCAUGCAAAUAGAAGAUGACAAUCAGGCAUGGAGAACUGGUUAACUCAGCCAGAUAUGUCCCACCGGUGCUGUGAGUAGUUUGGACACUUUACAAGCUUCCCUGAUUGGCUGCCGACAGUCAAGAGAAAAUGUGUACAAGUUCUCUGGACUUUAUGGAUUCAAGACAUCCCCAAAUAGAUAUGUAGUUUUAUAGUUGAAGACAGAGAAACAGGAGGGGCCUUUAAGUACUGCCAAGUUUUGGAAAUGUACAAUUAAUUCCAACCAUUCAGAUAUAAAGUAUAGUUGGUUUGUGUUUUAUAUGUAAUUAUUGUGUAAAAUAUGAGAUGUUUAUAACAAAUGUAUGUACAGAACUGUGUUAGCCGGAAGAAUUGUUACACCUUUUUUAGAAUUUUAAAUGAAUGUAUAAAAAUCUAUUUUCUUAUGUUCACAGGGUAUUUACAGAUAUAUAUAUAUAGUCUACAAAUAGGUUUAUGUAUAUACCGUAUGUAUAUGUGAUACCUGCUGCUCUUACUGUGUGCAACAUUUCAGUGUUUUUUUAUUUUUUACUUCAACCAAUAUUUGAGUGGGGCGUAACCAACUAUUUUUAUUCAUUGCUUGAUUUUACAUAAGCUAA